AUGCCUCCCUACAAUAACACCAGAACGGAAAGACGCAAGUCCAUGGCGGAACGCAGACCGUCGGUGUCGUACACGCCUCCCGUGAUUCCCCACUUGGCCGGGUUGGAGAAGCCCCAGGACCACAGUCUCAAGAUCGACCAGUGUGACGUGUUGAUCAUGGGCACAGGACUCGUCGAGAGCAUCCUUGCCGCUGCGUUAUCGUGGCAGGGCCUGUCUGUGUUGCACAUCGACACCAAGAGUUACUAUGGUGACUCGUCUUCCACCUUGACAAUCGAACAAUUGAAGAAGUGGUGUAUGGAGGUCAACCUGGGACGUAUUCCCCACUUCCAGGACGCCCAGAUCUACAUCCCAGGCGGCAAGACCACCAACAAGUUCAACAGCAAGGACUACGGCAUUGACUUGUCGCCAAAGCUCAUGUUCUGCCGCUCAGACCUCUUGACUCUCCUCAUCAGCUCGCGGGUCUACAAGUACUUGGAGUUCCAGAGCAUCUCCAACUUCCACGUGUUCGAGAACGACGACUUCAACAAGCGCGUCACCUCGUCCACCACCAAGGAGGACAUCUUCACUGAUAAGUCCUUGAGCCUACUCACCAAGAGGUACUUGAUGAAGUUCCUCAAGUUCAUCCUCCAGGACAACAGCGACCCCGACAAGAAGAAGGUCAUUUCCGACAACGCCACUACCCCCAUAAAGCAGUUCUUGACGACCAGGUUCAACUUGGAGCCUCCCCAGGUCAACGAGUUGGUCUACUCCUUGGGCUUGUGUAUCAAGGAAGACACCAAAACCCCCGAGGCCUUGGCCAAAAUCAAGCGUUUCCUCGGGUCCUUUGAUGUCUAUGGCAAUUUCCCCGUCAUGGUGUCGAAAUAUGGUGGCCCAGGCGAAAUCUCCCAAGGAUUCUGCCGCAGUGCUGCAGUUGCUGGUACAACUUAUAAAUUGAACACGACAUUGACCGACUACGACCCAGAGCUGAAGACUGCCAAGUUUGACGAUGGAAGCAGAGUCAAGAUAAACGAGAAGAUUAUCAUAUCCCCCACCCAAGUGCCAAAAUUCUUACAGUCCGGCUACUCCGAAAUCACAGACAACUUGCCCGUUUACAACAUCACUAGACUUAUAACAGUGGUCAGAAGAGAUUGUAAGGAGUGGAUGUCCGACCAAGAAUCUUCCGCGGUGGUUGUUUUUCCACCACACUCCUUGCCCACCGAUAACAUCCACACAGUUCAAGUCAUCAUUCAAAAUGGCGGCUCGGGAGUUUGUCCUGAAGGCCAAUCCAUCUGGUUCAGUCACUCCACCGAACCAGACCUUAACCGUGCCAAGACCGACUUGGAGGCUGCCUACGAAAAGAUGGAAUCCGCUCUUUUGAGGGAAUCGUCGUCUUCCGAUCUUGAUGAUGUGUUAGAUGACACCGACUUUGUGGUCAAUGCUCGUGGUAACCCUGUGGUAGCCAACUCCUUCAAGUUGGGUGAAUCCUUGCAAAAUUUUGUUCCAAAGGAGACUCUUGAUGUUGUCUGUAAAUUGGGAUAUGUUCAGAAGACAUACAUCAAACCAGAUUUAUCCAAUGUAUUCCAUCCCGACGAAACCAACCAGAACGUUGUCUUGAAGAACCUUGCCGACGCAGCAAACGAUAUAGUAUUCUCUAACAUGCCUUCUUCUGAAAUCAGCUACGACGGGAUCAUCAGUGAGGCCAAAUUAAUUUAUCAAAGAAUUACAGGAACCGAUGAUGAUUUCUUUGACGUUGACUUUGAAGACGAAGAUGGCGAAGAGGAUCAAUCCUAUGCAACCGUCCAGGCACAUAAGCCUUCUACCGGCGCCAUUGUUGUCAACGACGACCACGACAUGAGUUUAGACAACGAAAACGCAAUCGAUGAUGAUAGCGACGACGGACAUAAACCAUUUGGCGCUGAUGAGAUGGAGUUGUGA